CAGCUCCAGGCUCCUCCCCGGCGGGGUCAGAGCCAGACUUGCUGCGGCGUCCGGGCCCCGCGUAAUUACAGGGGCUGUAGCAGGCCUGGCCGUAAAAUAGGAGGAUGAAACGGCCUGGGAACCGGGAGCUGACACCCGCCCGCCAAGCCCUCUCCAGACGGCAGCAGAUCCUGGCGGGGAGAAGAGCCCCGAGAGGCAAAUUCCAGCGGGUUUGUUUACACAGCGCGGGGGAGGGGGCCAAGCCGGGUACUGGGGCCCGACUGACUGGGAGCCCCAGCUCAGACUGGGCCAGCCCCAGCUGUGCAGCCUGAGGACUGCGCACAAACACCCCUCCGCUCCACCCCACCCCCGCUGCACGCCGGUACGCGUCUCCCCUCCUCUUCACACGCUGUUCACAAACAUUAGCAUACGUCUGUCAAAGAGUUUCACACCCUUUCACACACGCGGCUGUGAUACUACUCACAAAUGCUUUCACACUAGCGCGCCAUCACACGUAUUUCAUGUGUGGUUACAGUUUAAGUCACCCUUCAUGCCCAGAUUCUCACAGUCCAUAUUCAAGAGCCCGUUUGCACGGUGUACGCGUGUGUUGUCACACAUACUCAGGUCAUCAGUGCCCUUUAACGUAUCUAAAAUAAGAACGGACCCCUCUCGAGCCCAGGGUCCCGCGUGUCGCUCCUGCGCGCAGGCACUGAUGGGAUGGACAGAGGCGCCCUUAGCCCCGGCCGCACACGUUACACACUCGAUCACACACAGCGUUGCACUUUAUUCCCGGCAUCUAGGCGAUGACACAAUCUCCAGAACAAAGACAACAUUGACAAACCCAACAAAAACAAACAGCCGCAUGUGUGUGGGGAGGGGCAGUCGAGCGCAGAGUCCGGGAAGGGGAUGGGGGAGGAGGAGAGGGUGGGAACGCGGGCGCCCGAGCCUGGGCAUGCGAGGCUCAGAAAGGUGCGGGGCAUGUCAACAACCUCGCACCCUGCAAGGUCCGCGCGCGGAGCAGCAAAGCCGGGUCCCGUACCCCCGCGUUCGCAGACUCGCACUUGCGAGUUCUUCCCUUCUCCCGCACGCGACUGCGCCCAGGGACGCAAGCCCACCACCCGGACAGGCUUACAAAGCUCCACGCAGACCCACAAGUGAGCGAACACACAGCUCUGAGCAGAUCUGCCGGGGCAGAGGAGCGCGCUUCGCUCUUUCCUGCACCCCUAGCCUCCUCGCCUCCCCUGCCCGCCCCUCCUCCACCUCCCCAGCCCCCAAGCCCCGGGGCAGCCGCGCGCCGGGCGGGGCGAGGGCGGGGCGGGGUGUCGGGCGGCGCCGGCCCAAAAGGCGGAGUCGCAAGGCGAAGGGGCCAGAUCUGUGAGCCCAACGCUGACUUCGCCGCGGAGAAAGCCAGCGGGAACCCAGACACCUAGGAGCCCGGCGUCCCCGCCCGGCCUGGCCAGGCCCCGCGCUAUGGAGUUCCUCUGGGCCCCUCUCUUGGGUCUCUGCUGCAGUCUGGCCGCUGCUGAUCGACACACCGUCUUCUGGAACAGUUCAAAUCCCAAGUUCCGGAAUGAGGACUACACCAUACAUGUGCAGCUGAAUGACUACGUGGACAUCAUCUGUCCGCACUAUGAGGAUCACUCUGUGGCAGACGCUGCCAUGGAGCGGUACAUACUGUACCUGGUGGAGCGUGAGGAGUACCAGCUGUGCCAGCCCCAGUCCAAGGACCAGGUCCGCUGGCAGUGCAACCAGCCCAGUGCCAAGCAUGGCCCAGAGAAGCUGUCUGAGAAGUUCCAGCGCUUCACACCUUUCACCCUGGGCAAGGAGUUCAAAGAAGGACACAGCUACUACUAUAUCUCCAAACCCAUCCACCAGCAAGAAGACCGCUGCUUGAGGUUGAAAGUGACUGUCAAUGGCAAAAUCACUCACAGUCCUCAGGCCCAUGACAAUCCACAGGAGAAGAGACUUGCAGCAGAUGACCCAGAGGUGCGGGUUCUACAUAGCAUCGGUCACAGUGCCGCCCCACGCCUCUUCCCACUUGCCUGGACUGUGCUGCUCCUACCACUUCUGCUGCUGCAAACCCCGUGAAGGUAUAUGCCACACCUGGCCUUAACGAUUGGAACUGGGCUGAAGAGAGGGACAGGCACUCCAAACCUGUCUUGGGGCCACUUUCAGAGCCCCCAUCCCUGGGAACCACUCCCACCACAGGCACAAGCUGUCACCUAGCAGCCUCAAAACGGGUCAGUAUUAAGGGUUUCAACUGGAAGGAGGCCAACCAGCCCAGCAGUGCCAUCCCCACCUUCACCUCAGAGGGAUGGAGAAAUAAGUGGAGACAGUCUUUUCCCACCAUUCCUGCCUUUAAGCCAAAGAAACAAGCUGUGCAGACAUGGUCCCUUAAGGCACAGUGGGAGCUGAGCUGGAAGGGGCCACGUGGAUGGGCAAAGCUUGGCAAAGAUGCCCCCUUCAGAAGACAGCCAGGAUGCCCAGAUGAACUGACUAAAGGAAAAGCAAGAAACAGUUUCUUGCUUGGGAGCCAGGUACAGGAGAGGCAGCAUGCUUGGGCUGACCCAGCAUCUCCCAGCAAGACCUCAUCUGUGGAGCUGCCACAGAGAAGUUUGUAGCCAGGUACUGCAUUCUCUCCCAUCCUGGGGCAGCACUCCCCAGAGCUGUGCCAGCAGGGGGGCUGUGCCAACCUGUUCUUAGAGUGUAGCUGUAAGGGCAGUGCCCAUGUGUACAUUCUGCCUAGAGUGUAGCCUAAAGGGCAGGGCCCACGUGUACAGUAUCUGUAUAUAAGUUGCUGUGUGUCUGUCCUGAUUUCUACAACUGGAGUUUUUUUAUACAAUGUUCUUUGUCUCAAAAUAAAGCAAUGUGUUUUUUCGGA